UUAUCUACACGUGGCAAGACUGUGUUCCCUGCCCAUAAGUUAUACACUCACGGCAAGCUGUGCAGUUAGUGCGAGCUGUUCCUGUCCCGCCAGGAUGAGCCUGCCCGGAAACCAAUUCAAGCUGCCCAACCAGGUGUGUCCACCCGCAAACCAGAUCAAGGAGCACAGUCAAGACUCUCAGACCGUAAACCAACCCAAGGAGUACGGCCAGGCGCCCCGGGUGGUGUGCCCUGACCCUGACGCAGUUGUGGAGCUGAACGUAGGUGGCCAGUUCUACACCACCACCAUGGGCACCCUGAUGAAACAUCCGGGCUCAAAGUUUUCAGAGAUAUUAUCCAAGUCAGCUAGACACCAGAGAGAUGCACAGGGCCGCUUCUUUGUUGAUCGGCCUGGCACCCAUUUUGGGCUUCUCUUGGACUACCUACGCACCGGGCAGGUGCCCACAGAGUUCAUUCCUGAGGUAUACCGUGAGGCUAAGUUCUACCAAAUCCACCUUCUGGUCAAGAUCUUGGAAGAUACACCACAGAUCUUUGGCGAACAAGUGGCUCGAAUGCAGUUCUUGUCGGGAGUGCCAAACUACAGAGAGAACCUGGAGGUCCUGCUGCGUCUGGCUCGGGCAGAGGCCGUGGCGAUGCGCUCCUCCAAGGUGAUGGUGUGUGUGGCGCGCACGGAGGAGGAGAGUGCCAAGUGUGUGGAGCCUUUGCAUAUCUUGGAGGCCAAAAAGACACCCGUCGUCAAAUUUGGGCCCUGGAAGGCAGGCCCUGUGACAGAGGACUUCUUGUACUGCCUGGAGAAGGACAUUAGAGACCAGGGGUAUAAGGUGACCUCGCACAGGUACCUGAAUAGGGACCCACACUCCUGCUUCUGGGUAUUCAGCUUCAUCUGGUGGUGAUCC